AUGCGUCCUGAAGAAGCGGGUGGCUCGGACUUGGCUCCCGAGGGCCGCUCCUCCCCGGCGCACCUGCUCUGUCUGGUCCUGGAUGACGAACCGCUGCUCCGCUUCUCCGGAGCUGCUCUCCCUGCGCUCUCCCUGCGCUCUCCCUGCGGUUCCGGGAAAGCCGUGCCUCGCAAACAUCAGUACGCACUCGGAUCAUCUGGGGGCUUUGUUCAGAUGCAGUUGGGAGUAGGGUCUGACUCUGCAUUUCUCCUUAGUUCCCAGAGGACGCCAAUGCUGCUGCUGCCGCUCAGAAGGCUACACUUAGAACCACAGAGAGUUAAAGUAGGAGGCGGCAAGCGCGAGAAGUAUUUCCUUAACCCGGCCUGCUUGUUUAAGGAAGGAUGCUCUGGUCCUUUUCAAUCUACUCAGCUAUAGGAUGGUAUUAUUCACUCUCUUCAGACUCAAGCGGAAGUUAAAAGGAGGCAUAAUUUAUAAACAUGCAAAGACUGUUUUACUGGUUCUAAUGCCAUUGAUGUAGUAUUAAGUCAUCUAAUGCAAAAUAAGUGCCUAAGAAGUAAUGACACUCUGAACGGAGUUUGUCAAGUUCUAAUGAAUCACAAAGUAUUUUCAAUCACAAAGCUAUUGAAAAAUUAAAAGGAAUUAGAAUUUGAAGAUUCAAACAGUAGUCUCUACAGGUUCCUAAGCCAUAAAUUAUCUUAUAUUUUUUAUUUUUUUUUUCAGAAGAAAAAAGUUCACAUAUUAUUUCCUAACAGACUAGGAGAUGAAAUUAUUUCAAAUCCUCCAGCACAAGGGAUUGGUGAGGAAAGAUUAGAGGAACUUAUUCAUACAAUGAGUAGGAAUGUGGCUUUACCUCCAAAUAUCCAUGUUCUCUCACUUUCAAAAGAAGCUGUUUGGAAACCACAGAUAUUGCUAUGUAUUUUUCAACUGAUUCACCUUCCAUUCUUGGAAAAUAUUUUGGAGGCUUCAAUUAAAAUACAAAUUCUUCAGUUAAGUAAGGAGGAAGAUCUUAUUCUCUCAAACACUUCUCUAGACAGAGAGGUUGUUCUAAGCUUAUGUCUACCUGAGUAA